UUCUGCCUUAGCUGUCAAACUUAAUUUGACAGCAAACUAAAAAACAACAAAAUUUGUUAGUUCUGGCUGCGCAGCAUGGAUCGGAAUCCGCCACCACCGCCUUUGGAUCCAGCGCAGCCCGUGCUCUAUAUCGAACACUGUCGCAUUAUCAACGGCUAUCGACAACGUGCAAUCGAACUGCAUGUAUCGCUAUCGGAAGCCUUGAAAGCGAUGAAGCCGCAAAUGUUGCUGCAGCUGCGACUCAACGAUGAUGGCAAUCCACGUCCCGGAUCCUUUGAGGUGGCCAUUGCCGAACAUCCUACGGAGGCGCCGUGUCAGCGCCAAUUGCUUUGGACUGGGCUAACGCGUGUGCCUACGGCUGCCAAAGUGCCGCAGGUCGAUGACCUUAUAGCGCCCGCGUGUGCAGCGCUCAAGCUGCGCUAUAGUCGAGCCGGCAGCAGUCAGUUGAAUUUGGUGCGCACCAGCGAUCCGGAGAUAAACAAAAUACUACGCAAGGAAACGCGGCGCAGCCAGAGCGACUAAAUAAAUUUGCUGCUGUUAUCGUUACUAUCGAUAGACUCUCAAGCUUGUCACUGUAAAUAAAUCAAAACUCAACAUGCAAAACCACAAAACUG